AUGAGGGAAUCAAGUGUGCCGUAUGUGAUUUUGGGGGAUGAAGGGAAAUUGACUGUGAAGGGCGAAGGGGAGUUGAUUCUGCAAGGGCAGUAUGGGGAAUUGAAGUUGGAGAAUGUGCUGUAUGUGGAUGGAUUGGCCUUGAACCUGAUUAGUCAAUCGCAGUUGGACAGCACCGGGUGCAAGACUUUCUGUGACAAAGGAAAGAUGUGGGUGUUUGACCAUGCAUGGAAUGUGAUCGCUGAGGGGAUGAGGAAUGAUGGAUUGUAUGAGAUGAAGCUGAAUGAGAAGGCCUUGGCAGCAGAGAAGGCUACUUACCAGCCACCACCGAAGGAAGGAGUGAUGGCGAGGGAGGAGUUGAAGGCGAAGCUGAAAGGAGUGACAGUAGAGGAGUUGCAGUGGGAGCUGUUGCAAUGGAGCAAGUGGGGGAUUAACCUUGGGAUGGGCAAGGUGAGCAAGGGCUGGGUGAUUAAGGACGUGGAGACGGGCAAGGUAGUGGUGACCAGGGAUGUCAUCUUCUAUGAGGAUGUUAAUUACCUGCAGUGGAAGAGAGUGAACAAGGAGAUAGCAACGGGAGCAGCAGCUGCGCUUGAUAAGGUGGAGAAGCUGCUAGUGGAGAAGGAGAACGAGGGGAUAGGGUGUGAUGAGGAGGAGUCAGGAGGUGGUGCGGACAAACCUACCAAGGAACCUCUUUGGCCGGAGCCGCAGAAGAAAAAGGUUAUAGAGGCGGCAACAGAUGUGGAGGACAAAGGGCACAGAGGAGGAAAAUCAGGAUGUGGAGCGCGUGGAAAGCAGUGA